AUGGCGUCUCCGCAACCGACGCAGGAGCAAUCGCCGAAGGUCUACCUUCGGAACGACGUCUUUCGUCCAGCCGUGCCUGAUGUGUCCUACACCGCGCCGUACGGAAAGGCGCCCAUAACCUACAAGGCGGGUGACACCAUCGUUUACAGUCGUCAACCCGCAACAGUUCCUCGUCAGGUUUAUCCCACCAUGGGAUCAGUAGAAGCGCCUUACUAUGUCGAUGAAUCCACACUGCGAAGUGGCACAUACAGUGACCUUUCAAACUAUUCAAAGGGUAAAAAUCCCAAGUCAAGUCAACGGUCGCAUCAUCGUUAUCACCACCAUCACCACAGAGGGCAGCGCAUCGAAGAUCCUGACGGAUACUGGAGAGUGCCUCAUGCGAAUAGUCAAGAGAAGUUGCAAUCAACCCUGCCAGGACCCUAUGUGACCCCGGGAGGAAGACAGCUUUCCAAGACACCCAAGCAACACACUGCGGGAGUUCAGAUCUACGACGUUAAUCAGACCGUCAGUGAGAAAUCCGACCAAAAUCCCUCCUAUGCCGACUUGACGCAGGAGAGUGAGGAAUAUAUGCAGUCUUCACAGUACCUUCCCUCAGAGGACUCGGAAAUGACUGUGAGCCUCCUUGCCCUAACAGCACCUUUAAAAGGAAUUUUGAUACUAUUAAGGUACAUUGUCCCUUAUUCAAUCCAUCAAUCAUGCAUAACGACGCGAAGCUUCUAUGACACUUGUAGCAACCUAGAGACGUUUUUCCUCUUUGACAAUUUACCAACGGCCGCUUCGCAGCAAACAAAUGAAGAAAUUCUUAUUCCAGACAUCAAAACAACCUUUAUUAAAUCUGAUUUGACUCCUAAAAGCGUUUAA